GGACUUCCUGUUCAGAAGACAAGUGUCAGCGUCAGGGAGGAAAAGUGUGGCAAGCGGGGGCCCUGCUUCAAAAAAGAGGAAGGCCCCGUCCUUCUGGGCCGUAGAUUCGCCAUUUGCCAUUCAAGGGUGGCCUGCUUCACAAGAGGUUCGUUCCCCAAAGAGAAGCAGAACCAAUCCACAGAAGCAUCCGGGUCCGAAACCCAAGUCGUCGGCAUCUGGUGGGUCCGGCCAUGGGCCUUGCUGGACCUUGCGCAGAGGGGUCCCCGGGGUCAAAGGACUUCCGCCGGGAGAGGCUCCCAUGGUGAGGCCUGGCAUGGAGCCCUCUGCCCCCGGCGGUGACCCCGGCCUCAGGGACCGUUAUGGAGAGAGCCGGUCAAGACCUCCGGACGAAAGCGUGGACCCCUCCUCUCCGUUUGCAUUGCUGGAAGACCUGGACCUGUGGCUGGACGGCUGGCAGGGGGCAAAAGGGGCAAAAGGGACCACCGUUAAUGAGGGGCCACCCUCAACACAGGAGGCGAGCCCCCCAAAAAUAGACAAGGACCCCACACUGGACCUCUUCCAGGCCAGCAUCCGCCAGGCCCAGCUCUGCGUCCUGGAGCUGCAAGGGGAGAUUGACCGGCAGGCCGUGAGCCCCACGAGACCCUCGCAGGAGCCUUUGCGCUUGACCACUGACAGCGAGGAAGAGGAGGAUGAAGAAGAGGAAGGAAUGCCAGAAGAGGAAGAGGAGGAGGAGAUGGAGUGCUUGUUCUACGACAACCCUCUCUUCCAGGAGAGCCCCGUACCCACAAAAGUCCCCGUUGGCUUUGAAGAUCCAGCUUCAGAGUCCCAGGAAGUGACCUCUCCUCCCGGCCGCAAAGAGAUCCUUCUUGGCUGGACAAGGCAAACUCCGGACACCAAAACAAGUGACCAAGUCGGCUUUGAAGACACAGCUGCGGAGUCCCGGGAAGUGGCCUCUCCUCGCGGCCUCAGAGAGAACCUUCUUGGCUGGACAAGGCAAACUCUGGACACCAACACGAAUGACGAAGUUGGCUUUGAAGACACAGCUCCGGAGUUCUGGGAAGUGGACUCUUCUCCUCCCGGCCACAAAGAGACCCUGCUCCGCUGGACAAGGCAAACUCCGGACACCAACACGAGUGACCCCAUCGGCUUUGAAGAUCCGGCUUCAGAGUCCCGAGAAGUGGCCUCUCCUCCCGGCUGCAAAGAGAUGCUGCUCCGCUGGACAAGGCACUCUCCGGACACCAACACGUGUGACCCCGUCAGCUUUGAAGACACAGCUCCGGAGUCCUGGGAAGUGGACUCUUCUCCCAGCCGCAAAGAGAUCCUUCUUGGCUGGACAAGGCAAACUCUGGACACCAAAACGAGUGACCAAGUCGGCUUCAAAGACACAGCUCCGGAGUCCCGGGAAGUGGCCUCUCCUCGCGGCCGCAGAGAGAACCUUCUUGGCUGGACAAGGCAAACUCUGGACACCAACAUGAGUGACCCUGUUGGCUUUGAAGACCCAGCUCCAGAGUUCCGGGAAGUGGCCUCUCCUCGCGGCCGCAAAGAGAUCCUGCUCCACUGGACAAGGCACCUUCUGGACACCAAUACGAGUGACCAAGUCGGCUUUGAAGACUCAGCUCUGGAGUCCCAGGAAGUGGACUCUUCUCCUCCCGGCCGCAAAGAGAACCUUUCUGGCUGGACAAGGCAAACUCCAGAGUCCCAGGAAGUGGACUCUUCUCCCGGCCGCAAAGAGAUCCUUCUUGGCUGGACAAGGCACUCUCCGGACACCAACACAAGUGACCAAGUCGGCUUUGAAGAUCCAGCUUCAAGGUCCCGGGAAGUGGCCUCUUCUCCUCCCGGCCGCAGAGAGAUCCUUCUUGGCUGGACAAGGCAAACUCCGGACACCAACGCGAGUGACCCCGUUGGCUUUGAAGACUCAGCUCCAGAGUCCCAGGAAGUGGACUCUUCUCCCGGCCGCAAAGAGAUCCUUCUUGGCUGGACAAGGCACUCUCCGGACACCAACACAAGUGACCAAGUCGGCUUUGAAGAUCCAGCUUCAAGGUCCCGGGAAGUGGCCUCUUCUCCUCCCGGCCGCAGAGAGAUCCUUCUUGGCUGGACAAGGCAAACUCCGGACACCAACGCGAGUGACCCCGUUGGCUUUGAAGACUCAGCUCCAGAGUCCCAGGAAGUGGACUCUUCUCCCGGCCGCAAAGAGAUCCUUCUUGGCUGGACAAGGCACUCUCCGGACACCAACACAAGUGACCAAGUCGGCUUUGAAGAUCCAGCUCCGGAGUCCCAGAAAGUGGCCUCUCCUCCUCUUGACCCCAAAGAGAUCCUGCUUCGCUGGACAAAGCACCCUCCGGACACCGCCACCAGUGACCCCAGCCCCAUCUUGACCAGUCUGCCCCAAUGCCACCCCCUUCCUCCGCUGGUCAUCACCGAAGAAGGAGAAGAAGAGGAAGAGCUGGACCUCGCCCGGAAAGAAGAGAAGGAAGAGGAAGGCAACAAGACGCAAGCCCCACAGGGUCUCCCUCCCCAGCCGGAUGGCGGUCUCUCCGGAGGUGUUUCCGAAGGUCCGGCCACAGACGCCCACCCAGCCGGCCAAGGCCUCCUCUUCUCCGCUUGCAGCUCUUCCUUGGUCUCAUCGCUGCUGAUGCUGGAGGAGACCCCCGAGUGCCGUCCCCUGGGGGAGAGACCCCGACCCACAUUUCCGUCCCCCAAAGAGACCCCUCCCCGCCCCCCACCGCUGCCCUUGGCCCCCCGACUCCAGGAGCCCCAACGACUCAAGGAGCCUCCUCCACGGGCCUCCUUCCGGAGCCACCCGCCGGCCUCCUGCGCAUGGGCAGAGGGGCCCCGGGGAGCUUCCUGUCUGCGGGAGGAAGGCUCUGCGCAGGAUCCGCACCCGGUCCCGCUCCGCAGCCCAUUGAGGAAGUUGCCGGGGCCUUUGGACAAGCUGCCCACCGAGGGGCCGGCAGAAGAGGAGGAGGAGGAGGAGGACGUGGGGGAGACAGCAGCCCCCCAGAACUGUCUCCAGGUCCCCCUCGCAGACCCCACCCCCAUGGACCCGGACCCCAAGGAGCCCCCCCAGAACGAGAUGCCGCUUUUGGCCAACGGUGCUUCAGGAGACCGGUCAGCGGCCUUGCGCUUGGCCACUCGCCUCUAUCGCUUAGACGGCCUCAAGAAGUCCCAGGUGGCCUCCUUCCUCCGGAAGAACAAUGAGUUCAGCCGGACGGUGGCCGAAGCCUACCUCUCCUUCUUCGACUUCCAAGGCAAGACGCUGGACCAGGCCCUCAGGUCCUUCCUGAAGGCCUUUGUGCUCACCGGGGAGACCCAGGAGCGCGAGCGGAUCCUCCACCAUUUCGCCCAGCGCUUCCACCGCUGCAACCCGGAGGCCUUCCUCAGCCCAGAUGCUGUGCAUACCCUCACCUGCGCCAUCAUGCUCCUCAACACCGACCUCCAUGGGCAGAAGGUGGGCAAGAGCAUGUCCUGCCAGGCCUUCGUGGCCAACCUGGACGGCCUGAAUGACGGACAGAACUUCCCCAAGGAGCUGCUGAAGGGCCUGUAUCACUCCAUCCGCCAGGAGAAGCUGGAAUGGGCUGCGGAUGAAGAGGAGGAAAAGGGUCCCCCCAAUGGGCCCCCGCCCCCCUCGCUCUCCAGCCAGAAGAAGAGCAACCCCUUCCUCACCCUGAUGCACGACCCCGAGGCCCGGACCUACCGCCAGGGGCCCCUCUUCCGCAAGAUGCACGCCGAGGCCGACGGGAAGAAGACGCCGUGGGGCAAGAGGGGCUGGAAGAGCUUCCACACUGUCCUGAAGGGGACCGUGCUCUACUUCUUCAAGGACGAGAGCUGCGCAGAGGCCUCGGAGGAGCCCAUCGGGGUGCAUCAUGCGCUGGCGGAGCGGGCCAGCAGGUACACCAAGCGGCCCCACGUCUUCCGCUUGCAGACCGCCGACUGGCGCAUCUUCCUCUUCCAGGCCCAGACUGCGGAGGAGAUGGGCUCGUGGGUCUCGCGGCUCAACCUGGUGUCGGCCGCCUUCUCCUCGCCGCCCUUCCCGGAGGCCGUGGGCUCCCAGCGGAGGUUCAUCCGGCCCGUCCUGCCCACCGCGCCCUGCAAGAGCCCCCUGGAGGAGCAGUACCAGGCGCACGGGGGCUGCGCGGAGCGGGCCGGCCUCCUCCUUCAGGAGCUGCAGCGAAACCUCCCGGCGGAGAAGCGCAGCCGCGGGCGGCACUUGGAGGAGUACCUGCUCAGGAAGGAGUACCUGCUCUAUGAGGCUCCUGACGGGAAGGUCCAGAGCGCCAUGGAGGAGGCGGUGAAGCACGGAUUCCGCCACAUCGACUGCGCCUAUUUCUAUGGCAACGAGCAGGCGGUGGGCGAGGGCAUCCAGAAUGUGCUGAAGAAGGGCCUGGCCAAGCGGGAGGAGCUCUUCAUCGUCAGCAAGCUGUGGAACAGUUUCCACGACCCAAAGGACGUGAAGCCCGCUUUGAUGGAGUCCCUGAAGUGCCUGCAGUUGGACUAUCUGGACCUGUACCUCAUGCACUCUCCCAUGGGCAUCAAGAACGUCAAAGGAGACCUCCUCCCGCAGAAGGACGGGCAGGUCAUCUUUAGCGAUGUGGAUUAUCUGGACACUUGGAAGGCCAUGGAGAAGCUGGUGGAGGAAGGCCUGGUGAAGUCCAUCGGGGUGGCCAACUUCAACCCACAGCAGCUGGACCGGCUGUGCGCCCAUGCCAAGAUCUGCCCUGAUGUUGCCCAGGCCGAGCGCCACCCGUACCUGACUCAGUGCGAGCUUAUGGAGUAUCUCAAGAAGAAAGGCAUCGCUUGGGUCUGCAUCAGCCCCUUGUCGUCCCCCGAAAGCCCUUUCUGGAAAGAGAGCCCUCAUCCGAAAAACGCCAUGGAGGACCCGGUGGUGAAGGCGGUUGCCAAGAAGCACGGGAGGAGUCCCGCUCAGAUCCUGAUCCGCUUCAACCUGCAGUACGGCCUGGCUGCUGUUCCCAAGAGCCACAACCCGCAACACAUUGCCGAGAACGCCAAGGUCUUUGACUUCUGCCUGGACGAGGAAGACCUGAAGAAGCUCUGUGCCCUGAACUGUGGGGCCCGGGCCGUUCCCUGGGACCUCUUGGGGAUGGGCAAGCACAAGUACUACCCUUUCUGCAAGAAGGAGUGAGUCAGCCUUCCAGACAAGCGCACACAGGCCUCCCCGCUCCAAGAAAGCCAGCUUCUGCCUCUCAUAGCUAAUCAUACUGAGAAGUUACCUUUCGCCAGCCCCGACUCGUCUCCAAGAGGCCCAAAAUGCACCUUCAAGUGAUUUACCUGACACUAAGAAUUACCUGUAUGGCAUCUAUCCAACAUUACAUUUACCUGUAUGGCAUUUACCCGAUAUUCGAUUUACCUGUAUGGCAUCUAUCUGAUGUUAGAUUUACCUGUAUGGCAUCUAUCUGACAUUAAUGUUACCUAUAUGGCAUCUACCCAAUAUUCAAUUUAUCUGGAUGACAUCUAUCUAACAUUAGGUUUACCUGUAUGGCAUCUACCCAAUAUUUGAUUUACCUGGAUGGCAUCUGACAUUAGACUUACCUGGUUGGAGUCUAUCUGAUGUUAGAUUUACCUGUAUGGCAUCUACCCAAUAUUCAAUUUACUUGUAUGGCAUCUAUCUGACAUUAGAUUUACUUGUAUGCCAAUCUGAUGUUAGAUUUAACUAUAUGGCAUCUACCCGAUAUUUGAUUUACCUGGAUGGCAUCUAUGUGAUGUUAGAGUUACCUGUAUGGCAUCUAUCCCACAUUAGAUUUACCUAUAUGGCAUCUACCUAAUAUUUGAUUUACCUGGAUGGCAUCUACCGGAUGUUAGAUUUACCUGGAUGGCAUCUACCUGAUAUUAGAUUUACAUUGAUGGAAUCUACCUGACAUUAAUUUACCUGGGUGGCAUCUAUCCGGUUUUCUAUUUACCUGUAUGGCAUCUACCUGAUGUUAGAUUUACCUGUAUGGCUUCUAUCCGGUAUUCUAUUUACCUGUAAGGCAUCUACCUGACAUUAGUGUUACCUGUAUGGCAUCUACCUGAUAUUAGAUUUACCUGGAAUGGGACCCGUCAGAUGAGCAACUUGAAUGUGAAAGGGCCGAUUUCAUUUCCACGCCUGCUUUUUAUGACUAUACUGCAAUUGCAUUUUGAACGGUGUGUGCCUUUGGGGUUUGCAAGGAACACCAGCGCUUUGCAUUUUUGUUUCCUUUCCUAAUAAAAACGGCAAAACGUGA